AUGCCUCUUUCUUCCACAGUAGUCGGUUGUUUUCCAAAGCCUUCCUAUCUGCACAUUCCAGAUUGGUUCAAAACCUCCCACAGUGGAACAUUCACCGAGGAUUACAAUCGCUUCCUCGAAACCUCAUCCAGGGAAGAAACAGAAGACCUGAUCAAGAGAGCUACAAAAGAUAUAAUUGAUAUCCAAGCCGAAGCUGGCAUUGAUGUGAUCAGUGACGGUGAGUUACGGAGAGAAUCUUACAUCUUGCACUUCUGUCGGGCGCUAAAAGGGUUAGACUUCCACAAUUUGUUUUCUAAAAACUGUCGCGAUGGUGCUUGUGUCACGGACGUUCCCCGUAUCAUUGGCCGGGUGACACCACGAGAAAGCGAAGCGUGGGUAUGGAAAGAGUGGAAAUUUUCUCAAGAUUUGUCUCCGUUGCCCAUGAAAAUUACUAUACCGGGACCAAUGACAAUAAUAAACUCCACCGAGGAUCAGUAUUACAAUGAUGACAGGGCGCUAGGGAAAGUUUUGGCAGAGAUAAUAAACAGUGAGAUCAAGGCUCUUGUUUCCGCUGGAUGUAGAUGUAUUCAGGUAAUUGAGUAGUUCGUGCAGUAGGGAUUUCAAUAUGUUAAAGGUAAGAAUAAUGGUUAAGGUUGGGGAAGACGCGGUGUUAGGCAAGUUUUACUGUUGUGACCUGCAAUAUGAGUCGUGACAGUGUGUUGUGAUAGGGUCGGAUGAAUUAUGCUCGCAAAAUUUCAGCGUUCCCCUGAAUAUUAUGCCUCAAUUUGAUAAUUCAAAUUAACAGUUUUUCAGAACCCUUCAACCUCUACCCCCCUCACGCCAUUUCCCAUCGUCGGCCUGUUAAAUUUUGUUGUAGUCCAGAAGCCAUCAAUCUUCCGGUCCUGGCCUCUGGACUUGAAGUGUACAGGCAGUAGUGGGAUGAGAGCUCAGCUAAAACUCGACGAAAUAGCCUGAAAUCGCUACCAGUGAACAAAAAUAACACAAACAACACUAUAUCAAGCUAAAGUUUAUUUGCUUCAUUAUUUACGGAGUUUCAAUGAGGAGCCUUAACUCCCAUACAAAGCUUGGGUUUCCAAUGGUGCAAGCGAAAGGUAGGCUCACUGUUGACAGUAUUUAGGCUAGCUACAGAAUUUAUCCUUUGUUAAACUGGGACAUCAUGGGAAUUUCUUAGAAGUUUGGUCGUUACGCCGGCAAUAUGUUCUAUAUCUUGACUGCAACAUUAUGCCCAAAAUUAUGUAAGCUUAUCUUAUCUGACAUUGAUUGUGUCUGCAUGCAUGACGUAAUGCUAAGCGGGGAAGGGGUUUACCUGGGAUGAGGUGAUAGGGAGAGGAAGAAUCCUCAGGGGACUGGGCUAGCCGCGCAUAGUUUUAGUUUCAUCGCCUUGGCGCUUGACAAUCUUACGAUUUUCCGGCGAUCAGCGUUUCUGAUGCCCCUUUCAACUACAGUUAUUGGUAGUUUUCGGAAGCCUUCUUACCUACAGAUACCGGACUGGUUCCAGCCAGCAUACGCCGAAAAUUUCCCAAGGGAGUACAAUCGCUUUUUGCAGAGUUUUUCAUCCACCGACAUAGAAGAAUUGUAUAUCAGAGCUAUUCGAGAAGUGAUUGAAAUACAGAGCAAAGCCGGUCUUGAUGUGAUAACAGAUGGGGAAGUGCGGCGUGAAAACUACAUCCAUUACUUUUGUAGAAAGCUGAAUGGCUUUGAUUUCAAAAGUUUAUGUCUGACGUCGAUUCGCGACGACGCUGCAACAAUUCUAUUGCCACAAAUUGUGGGAGAGGUAUCAGCGCAGGAAAAUGAAGGUUGGGUUUGGAAAGAAUGGAAGAGUUCACAGGUUUUAUCCAAACUUCCUGUGAAAAUUACUCUUCCGGGACCCAUGACAAUUGCGCACACAGUCGUCGAUCAAUACUACAGGGAUCGAAAGGUUCUAGGUGCUGUGUUGACAAAAAUUUUAAACAGGGAAAUUAAAGCUCUUGUAUCGGUUGGCUGUAAGGUUAUUCAGGUAUGUCAUAAGCUUACCGUAGGUCGAAACCGGUAUACUAAUCCGCGUUUAGUUGUUGGGUCGUGUUAAUUUACGACGGAAUCUCUUAUUUAGGAAGUCAGGCACACCAUAUUUGGGAUUUAAAUUUGAAUAAUCGAUUAUAAACUUUAUUACAACCAUUUUGAAAUAACUGGUGGUCCCUGUAAUCUGAUUGGCUUUAACUGGUGCAAUUUAUUCACGAAUCCCACCAUUUUUUGCUUUAGAUCACAUCUUUUUCCCAUCCAAUGAGGCUACACUAAAAACAAAACAACUAAUCAAGGUAACCAAUCAAAUUGCAGGAAAAUAAAAGCCAAAGAGUCUUAUGUGGCAAAUUUUACAACUGUUUUCAAUUAUUUGAUUUUGAAAUCACAUGUAUGAUUUCAGCCCAAAUUGCACUCCACUAAGUUCAGUUACCACUAUAAAUCAAUAAGUUCUGACGAAGGACUUGUGGUUGAAAUGUCAGCUUUGAAAUUCUUAGCGGUGGUCAAUUUAUGAUAUCAACUCUGUUGAUAAUACCAAAUUAUAAAUUAAAUUAAUAAGCCAUAUAUGACUGCCCCCAAGGGAAACUGAAAGUUUUGCUCCUAGGAGAUCCUCAUUGUUUUGUGUGGGACCAGUCAGGAUAUGUUUUUUAUGCCUCCCAGCUGAAGUGUUUUGAAAAACUAUCAUUUUGAAUGAUCAAACUGAGGCAUGAUAUUCAUGGGUUACACUCAAAAGCAUGAUGCAAACAUUUCACAGUCUGACCCUAUCAAUAACAAAACGCAAUAAAAAUGACCCAUUAAUAAUAGAGAUGGUAUUGGGAUUUUCAGUUUUGUGAUUGUGGCAAUUUUUAGAUCACUUUUUGGGUUUUAUUGCCAUAACUCUUUGGUUUUUUCAGUUUUGGUGUUUAUUGUGGUUUUCACUGCAUUGUGGUUUUGACCUUUUUUCCUGAAAAAGCUGUAGAAUUUCCUUUUCAGUUCUUGUUUGAACACUUUUUGCUGUCAUGAAAAUGUUUUCUUGAGCAUAGGCUGACACUCAAUUUGCUUCAGUUAUAAGGUGCAUGACCUGAUAAUGGGUAGGUUGGGAGUUCAAGUUCUUGUUUCUUUAGGGAGUUUGCGAGUUUUUGUUUUGUUGUAGAAAUUCAUGACUUUUGAUUCUCCUCCAAUGGGAAAAUGUAUUAGAGUAGGGAGGUAUAACAACACUAUUUUUGUCAAUGUUGUUUACCAAUCCUCCAGCUUCACCUAGAGGAAAAGUUAGGAUCUAGGGAGAUAAAUGUCAGUGUUUCCCUAGCGGCCAGUCAUUAAGUGCAUGUAGUGACUUAAGAUCUAUAAUAACAUGUAAAAGCCCUUGUGGUAUUUGAGUCUGGCCAACUCUCUUCUGAGAGAACACUUCUCUCCUUUGCCUUUCUGUUUACCAUGUAAUGUGUUUUCAUUGUUAUGCCGAUAGGUUGAUGAACCAGUGUUAAUGCGAUUUCCUAAUGAGGCUUUGGAUUAUGGAAUUGAUCAACUUUCAACUUGUUUUGACGGAGUUACAUCUCCUGAUGUAGUCAAGGCUGUUCAUUUGUGUUGCGGUUAUCCAACCUACUUGGUGGGUAUGAUAGACCUCUUUUAUAAAUCCUUGGUUUUCAUGUGAGGUCAGAAAAAUCCAAAAUCCUAAAAAACAACGGCUAUAACAUUUUAACCUCCAAAAGAUGAAAGAUCUUGUAAAAUUAACCUUUUGGAAAGGUUUCAGUGUAGUGGGGUUCUCCAAUGUAAAAAUAGAGUCAUUUCGAACUACAGAAAACCCUACAGACCUGAACUUGGGUAAAUAGUUUUUUUAUAAAUAUUCUGCAAUAGCUUACUCUCUUGGUGUCAGGCAUUCAACAGUUUUGAUUUAGAUUUUGAUUGCAUAGCAGUGAAAACCACCAAUUUGUAUUGAGGUGUUGAUGUAAAUUAGCCUCCGUAAAGAGUUUCAAAAGCUGAGUUUUUUAUCAUUAGCCCUUUUCAGUGCAAAAGAUGAAGAACUAACAAUCAAAAUGUCAGCUGAUAAAACCAAUCUUGUGAUACCUACCACUGACUUAACACCAUGGUUUGUUUAUAAACUUAUCCACAUUACUCUUUCAUAAAAGACAAGUCUUUUUGCUAUUCUUUUAUAUUCAUGUAAAUUAGUCUCUGUAGUCUUAACAUCAUGUUUACAAAAAUGGGAUUUUCACUCAAAAGUGCAGCCAAAAAGGCUAAUUUGCAUGAGAGGAAACAAUGAUUAUCACAUCCCACAUUAUGAAAGAGGUCUGUUGUUUGUUCUUCUAGGAAAUAAAUUUGGGUGAGUAUUAUUGCUAACAGCAAAGUUUUGAGGGAGGGUUAGGUUUAUAAUUUCUUUUGAAAUGUCUUUAAAAUAAUCUUAGGUUUAUUUGUGGUCAAGUUUUUAAAAAACUGGUUUUUAAGUUUUAGGUAAAUUACUUGUGCUGGAUAUGGGUUUUGAGCCCAAAGAAACAAUUAUGGGAGAUCUGUUGACAAUUAAAUUAGUCUUUUUCUCAAUUGAUAUGAAAAAAAUUAACACAGCUGUUUUGUUAGUGAUUUGUUUAUUUAAUAUUUGUUUAGUGACCAUAUUUUAUUGAGUUAAAAAACUCCCACAGCCUUCAUUUAAAAUAUAGCCUUCUAAGCAAGGUAUUGAAUUCAAGCCUAGAGUGUGCUUUUUAGCCAUUUUUUAUCUGUUUGACUUUUUUCACCCAUCCUACCAGACCUAUGGGUCUAUGGUCAACUUUCCUUUCAUCUGAACUUAACAAAACUGUUGCCAUGUCUCCUCCACAGAUGAUUCUCGCCAAUAUUAUUGACAUGAAGCAUGUAUAGUGUAUUUUAAAAUCAAGAUUUGCAAUAAAUGAAGCAAAAAAGAUUGGAACAUGAUCAAUGUGGAGCCAGAAUUUCAAAUUAUUUUUGCAUCAAGCACCCAUUGUUUUGAACCAGCAGUUUUGCCCAGACAUUUAUAUGAGGCUGACUUUAAAAUAGGGUGCAAUAUUUUGAUUGAGAUAAUAACACACUUCUUUGCUUUUGAGUGAACAAUAGUGUUGCUUAGGGUUAGGGUGAUUAUGUAAAUUCCCUUCUUAUGUUCUCAAAUAGGAUCAGGAUGACUAUAAGAAGGCAGACAGGGAUGGAUACCUGACACUGGCUGAUAAACUAGAUGCUGCAGGCUUUGAUGAGAUUUCAAUUGAGGAUGCUCAUAGGCACAAUGAUUUAUCAUUAUUUGAGCAUUUUAAAAAGAGCAAGGUAUUGUAAUAUAGCAAAGAAAUUUUAGUGCUGUCUCUUAUCAUAUCUUUGAAAACCUAAAUCAAUCUGUUGAGCAGUGAUUGAGCUAGGAAAUGCUAAACUUAGCUACCUUAUUGUACCAAAUGUUCCUAACCCUAUAUCUCCCUCAAGUGAUUAACUUGUAACUUUUCCUAAUAAUAUCCAUCCAUAACCCAGCAAACAUACUGUAAUACUCUAACUUUUCAGGUAGAAGUUGUUAUGUUGAUCUCACAUUAAAUUCUCAUAACAAACUUUACAAGGAAAUGUAUAGCAGCCAGAGGGGAGAAUUAACAGUCAGACUGAGGGAAUUAAGGGGUUUAUUACACCCAUUUGGAAAUCACUGGUGGUCCCUGUAAUCUGAUUGGCCCUAAUUGGUGCAAUUUAUUCACAAAUUACACCAUUUUUUGCUUUAAAUGGCAUCUUUUUCCUAGCCAAUGAGGAGCCUACACUAAAAACAAAAUAACCAAUCAGAUUUCAAGGCUUGUUUAAAGUAACUGAUCAAAUUGCAGGAAAAUGAAAGAUGUGGCAAAUUUUGCAACUUGUUUCCAAAACUCUUAUUUUUCCUCCCAAAAAAUGGAUGAAUUUAAUUUCAAACUGGUUCAGUAUUACAUUAAGAAAAUAUUUGAACUGAACAAGUCCUGUAUUUGGGUGAUUUCAAAAUGGAUGUAAUAAAGUGAUAAUUGAACCUCAUGUUGUGCGAUUUUGGUCUGAAAUCAUACUUGUAAUUUCAAAUCGAACUCCUGCUUCACACUCAUUUAAUUUUGAAAUCAUGCAUAUGAUUUUGGCCCAAAAUACACUCCACUCAGUUCAAUUACCAUUAAUUAUCAUUGUUUAAUCAUUAAAAAAGAGAUCCACAGCAUUUAGAGAGGGGGAAGGGGAAAUGGGGGAGGGGCUACAGCUCUUUUUUUCUAGAAUUUUUAUGCAUUUCCAAGCAUUAAGGGGUAUAGUGGCUUGUUGCAUUCUUUUCUCUUAAUAAAUUAAAGUGAAGGUCAUGCCCAUUCUGGCAACCCCCUCUCUUUCUCAACGUCACCUAUGUAGUUAACAGUUAUUCACUGAAAUGGAGAUGAAGGGUGGGUGGUGGGAUAUUUACCAAGCUGUGAAGCAGUAAGGUAAAUAUCCACCACUUUCAACAAUGCUGGCAUGAAUAACUGUUCUAGUAUAUUCUAAAAAGAUUCAAAACAACUAGUUUAUUUAUUUUAAUAUACCAAAAUAUUAGUCAGAAAUGAAAUUCUUGAUAUGUGAUUUUGUCUCAUGGGCUGCUCAGAGGUGUAUAGUACUUGAGACAUAUUUUAAGACUUAUUUUUGUAACUUAUAAUUUCUGUGAUUUGCUUAUGUGUGGUUUCAAGAAAUUUGUAUACCAUUCCAUUGAAUACCUUCUUAGAGUGAUCCCCACUGGAAUGCCUACCGUAGUUAUCCGGUUAUAAGGCGCACUCGGCUAUAGGACGCACCCCCAAUUCGGCAACUUCAUUAUUGCAUGUUUUCAAACUGAAAAUAUCGCUAAAAUACUUGGUUAUAAGGCGCACCGUUGUUUGGGGAGUAAAGAUCGGUCAAGUUUAUUGUAAAUUCUUUCAUAAACUUACAAAAAAGCGAAAAAGUCGCGUAUUGAUUUUAGUUUACCGUUAAUUAACAAAAGCAGAAUUGUUGCACACGCGACCACGCGCACAAGCAAAAAAAUUACUGAGCACGUAUCAUAUCUAUGCAAAUUUGAUUUCGCUCGUCUUUUCAGAACCACCAUAUUUAUAAAAGUCAAUGACCAACACUGUGUCCUUUUAUUUGCUUGAAAUCGUACCAGUAACUGUGAUAAAAAAAAAUUGUUUCGGGAAAAUAUUCGCCUAUAAGACGCACCCAAACUUUGGCGGUAAUUUUUAGUAGAAAUUAGGAAUUUCUUGAAAAAAACGGUGCGCCCUAUAACCGAAUAACUACGGUUAUUUACUCUACAAAUUUCAAUCCCUUCUUGGCUGUAGUUUUAAUGGUCAAGCUCCUAGACUUUGGUGUGGGCCACUGUUACAUGCAUGUAACUUUGAAAGCCAAUUUUUUUUCUUUCAAGUAAGAACUUAUUCAGUUUUGGCGGACUGGUGUGGUUCUUAUUUGUCAUUAAAUUUCAGCCUGGUUGUUAUAAAAAACAUUUUAUUCUUUUUUUCCUCAUGGGGGUGUUCAUUUUACUGCAACCAGUAGAAACUGAAGGUGCAUGUAGGUAGAAAUGAUCUAGAUGGAGAGAAAAGUUACUUUAAAUCUUUUUCAUUUUCAGGUUGUUCUAGGUGUUGUUAAGAUUGCUUGCAGCAAAGUAGAGAGUGUCGAGGAGAUUCGCAGCCGUCUAAAGCAAGUACUGACUGUUUUACCAGCAGAACGAUUGGUUGUUGCUCCAGACUGUGGUUUGGGAUUUCUUCCAACUGAUCUGGCAAAGCAGAAACUUUUUAAUAUGGUACAAGCGGCAAAGUCUUUACCCUAAAAUUUACAGAGUGUUGUGUGGAAAAUCACAGAAGACAUAGCUAGAGUGAUAGCACGUUUAGUGUUUUAAAGUUCACUUUUCUCUGCCUAUCUUUUUAGCCAACCAAAGUAGCUAUUUCUGCAGAGUUUCCUGGAAGGUGUGGCAAGAAAUGGGAUUACCCAGAUAUUGUGUAGGUCCUACUGAACAAAGCCAUUUGGCCUGAAAUCUAUAUUUUACAUCUUUCUUUAAGCUUCAAUUUUCUGUCUGUCUUUUCCUGAUUCCUUAAUUGAAGCUUCCAUUAAUCUUUUCGUGGUCCUUUUUAUGGUGUAUGUUAAAUAUAGGCUUCUUUACAAAUUUUGACAUUUUUAUUGAUAGCAGUGCCAAGAUAAGGGAACAAGAGCAAAGGAAACGGAACAAGCAAGUCCGAUAAUUUUUUUUGAUGACACUAAGUGUCCCGUGAGCCUUUGUGUAGGAUAUAUCAAAAGUAAUUCAUAUAGGUCAGUAUAUUUCUCUACGUUACUAAAUAGCAGUCCAGGCUGUUGCUCUGUUAUUUAAUUCGGAAUAUUUGAAUUGCCAGUUUCUCACCAGACACGAUUGUUGGUGGGUGACCUACAUUUAUGUUUCUAUUAAAUUGUAUUACAGGAAAAAUGAUGAAUUUUAUGGUUGUCUGCUUAUCAGUUAGUGGUAUACAGAAAAAGACCUUAAAAAAAUCGAAAAGAAAAACUUGUGAGAUUAUAGAACACAAUACAGUAUGAGCCAAAAAAUAUAAAAUUAAAGGAAGUAAAUUUUGUAAUUGUAUCACUAUAACAGAAUAAAGACAGUUU